CAGAUCCAAUCUGCUUUGGAUGGAGAACGUGGAGUGGCGUCAGUUUGUAGAGACAUGUUCAACAGGAGCCGGAAAUACAGCCCCUUGCCUUCCUCGCCGUCUUCCUCAUGGACAUCCUCCUCCUCCUCCUUCUCCUCCUCCUCCUCACUGCUGGCAGCUCCACGGAGAUCUCCACGGGCCCUGCAACGCCACAGCUCACUGCUGUCCCAGUACAGCAGCUUGCUGGAGAGCUACACGGAGGGGGAGAUCCGGCAGCUGAUCUCGGCGCUGGUGGAGCGCUACAGCCAGGCCAUGAACUCGGGGGGCCACGAGCUGCCCCUCUUCCCCAGGUCAGGCAGCCGCAGGAAGCGAGCCCGGGCCCGCCACAAACCCUGCGCCCUGAAGGAGCUGGAGGUGAGCGUCAGCGAGCUGGGGCUGGGCUACGAGUCGGACGAGACCGUCCUGUUCCGCUACUGCAGCGGCACCUGCGAGGCCGCUGUCCGCAGCUACGACCUCUCGCUCAAGAGCAUGAGGAGCAAGAAGAGGAUCAAGAAGGAGAAGGUCAGGGCUCGACCCUGCUGCCGGCCGCUGGCCUACGACGAUGACGUCUCCUUCCUGGACGCCUACAAUCGCUACUACACCGUCAACGAGCUCUCGGCCAAGGAGUGUGGCUGCGUGUGA